AUGGGUAAGGUGAGAGUAGCCGGCAUCACGCCAGGUGACGCGCUCUUUCUUCUACAACCACCACCAACAGUCGACUUCAACCCCUCGUUUGGUUCAGGCGUACCAACAAUCAUCCACUUCACUAAAUGCUCUGCAACAUCAAAUAUAUCUCCGUUUGUACUUAAGCAGGACUCCAAGAAGGACGGCAAACAUUACUUUCUGCAAACCAAUAGCUCAUUCAGAAGAAUUGUUGCAAUGACUCAACCAAUUUCCUAUCGGAGAGGGUUUGAUAGAUUCACUCUAGAGCCAGAACUUGGACCUGUGGAGUUCGAGAUGGCUCUGGAUAUAGAAGAGCAGGCGCGAGCAUCAGAACAGAAAAAGCGCCAACUGAAAGGCAGCUGGGAGGAGAUAGAUGACAACUCCGACAAUCAAGAGAUACACCAGAGAGGAAAUUGGGGGAGUAUACCGGUACUGGAAAGCAAUACUGAGCCCCUUUUAUCGACGAGACUCGGCCAUCUAUCCCCAAAUCCCGAAUUCAGAUUUCCACUAGAGUCAUGUUAUGGAGACUUAAGGGGGGCUGAUGACAUGGAUCCCAUAAAGAAAUCCCCUCAGCUAUGCCAGGAGAGGUUCGACAACCAUAGUCAACCACAGACUCCGUCUCCUCGGUAUACUAACAAAGCUGACCAGCAGUACUCUCAUCACCGUUAUAUAUCAGAGGCAGAAAGCUACACGGCACAUUGGGAGAAUAAUAUUCUUUAUGACAAGGAUAUAAAUACGCGGGUAUCUUCACCAGGUUUCUUCCGGCUGCGGUCAGAGUAUAGGUCACCGUACUUGGGGCCUGUUGGCUGGACAAUACCGUCCAAAUAUUAUAGUACAACUAGAAGAAGCCCACGAAGGCCUCUGGAUUCAUAUGAGGCUAGCAAUGAUGAAAAUCACGUCUCUACUGUUGACUCAAGGACCGGUUCACCCAGAGAGAGUGUUAGAAAUAGGAACACAGUAUCGGCAUACAGUUGUCGUGCUUCGAGGCCGUUCUUAAUCUACCAGGAUCCGGAAUGGGUAGUUCCACCUCAAGGAGUCACGGACGUGUAUUUCGAUAGUACUGCAAGCGAUGAUAAGGAAAACAGUGCACCUGGGGAGGCGGAAGCUCCCAUUGACAAUGAAGAAUUUUCCAGUGAACAGAACAUGGGAAUUCAAGUUGGGAGACCAGCACAGGAAAACGCCGGCGACAUUGAUGGACACGAUGAGAUGGAUAUCGACGGAGACGAAUCGAGAAUAAUCUUAACUCAACCGUCAAGGCGAGAGAUGCCACAAUAUCAACAUCGAAGAGACACGAGCUCCAUAUCCUCCUCUUCGAUUAUCUAAUUUAACCGUGUCUGCUUGAGGGUAUCGAGCUUAACGGUCACAGAAAGGAAUAUAUAUACUCCGUAUCACAGUGCGUAUGCAGGGGCAGUUAUGUCAGGAGAAGCAAGCAAGGUGUACAUUGCAUAUCGGCCUGAAUAUCCAUAUUUCACUAAGAUAGUCGUUCAGGACUGGCCCGGGUAUCACACGGCUUGAACGGCCAUUGCGCCUCCAGUUCUGAAGAUCACAAUCAGCUUCAUCUGAUCCAUUUUU